AUGGCCGACACGGCGCGCGCGGCGGAGGAAGCCGACGCGCUCUUUACACGCAAGAGCGUGCGUGACAUCGAGGCAUACGCCUCCGAACUUUCCCGCGGCGCGAAGGAGAAACAGCACACUGUGCGUGCACUCGUUGGCGAUCACUAUGGCGAGCUCCUCGGCGUCGCACGCACAGUGGUAGAUAUGCAAAAAAGCAUCAUUGCGCUGCAGCAUGUGCUGCGCCGCAUACCGCAGCUACAGGCGCACUACGAAACGCACGCAGCGCGCCAUGCCGCCGCCAUCCGCGGGCCAAAUGCACCGUCGAGUUUACCGUACGGCGCAGCAGCGUGUACGCUGCUCCUUGCCUCCGCGCCGGAGAUUGUACAGCGCACAAUGCAGCGCGGCGCAUUCGUGCAUGCUGCAUGGACGGUGGCAAUGGCCGAGCGCGCCGCCGUCGUUUUCCGCGACACGCCGCAAACGCGCCCAGACGCUGCGUUCCACGACCCACGACGCACACUCACCCAGCGCGCAGCAUCGCACCUCGGCGAAGGAGACGCGGGUCAUGUGCUGGAACUACUUGCGGUACUCAUCGCGCUUGGCGAGCAGGAGAUCCUUGCGCUGUACCUCGCCGAACGCCUCGCAUUCCUGCAGCGCGACUCGGCGCCGCGCCUCGUUCCUGCGCUUCAGCGCGCGCUGUCCCUCUUCUGCGACACGCUCGCCAUAGUACACAGCCUCUUCUCAUCACGUGGCAACAAGGCGAGCCCACUCGCGACGAUGCUCGCGGCGUGGCAGCACACACACGACAAUACCACCGCGUUCUUCCAGCUGGGAAUGCCGCUGCUGCAUGCAAUCGUGCCGCCGGAUUGUGCGCCGCUGCUCGUGCACCUUCCACACACGCUGCGCGCGUAUGCACCGGCCUAUUCUCUGCCCAGCGCGUCGGAGAUUGCGCGGCAGUCGGAUGCAUGGUGCGAAUCUGCGCGAGCCGCAAUCCUCGCCAUUCUCGCGCCGCUCGUACAGCACACAGACGAGUUGGAUACGAUCGCUGCCGCGCGCCAUCUUCUCCACAGCGAUACGCCGCAUGCCGCGGCGCUGUGCACGGAACUCGGUACACUCCUCGAUACCCAAACUGAGCGCCUGCUCGCCUCUGCACUUGCACAGCUCACCACAACAUUUCGUGCGGUCCUCGGCGAAGCGGUUCGGCACAUGGAGGACCCGCCGCUAGACGCGCCGCUAGACGCGCCGGCGUGGGGCACGGCAGAACUCGCGCGGUGUGUAGAUCUACUAGAGGCGCGACUGCACGCCAUGGAGGCACACGCCUCUACAGAAGCGCUGGCCCGCGCGUGGGACACUGUCGCUGCCGAUCUCGAUGCAGCGGCAGCGUCGGCGCACGCACUGCCUGCACAGUCCUUCCUCUUGCGCCUCUGUGCAAAGCUCGUGGACAUGCGUGGGUCAUUCUUCGCUCCUCUUCAUGCACGCGCCGCAGCACGCUGUGUGGGCGCGCAAGUCAGAAGAGCACUCGCAGUGUACGCGAAAGCGCAGGGAGCAGAAGCGCCGAUGGACGCGCCCUCCGCGCCAUUGUUUGCUGCGCUCCUCUCGCUCUCGCGUGCACAGCUGCAUGUGCUGCAUGCACGCCCUGCCGACCCACUGCCAACGUUCCUCGAUGCCUACAGCGCGCGCGAUGCGAUCCCAAAGGCGCAGCAGGCGUGGGACGCCGAGUUUCUUGCGCUUCUUGCGCGGCGCCCAUGCAGCAACGACAGCGUCCUCGCUGCAGCACAGCGCCUGCGUCUUGUCCUGCCCCCGUGGACUCUUGUACACGCGCCCGAUAGCAAGCCCACAGCACGGCCCGCGCGCGGCAUUCAAGCUGCGCGCGCCGCGCCGCGCGUGGGAUUUCCAUAA